AUGUCUUUGUUGAUUCCAUUAGUUGUUGUGGGGACACUUAUAAGUGGUGCUGGUAACUCUCUUUUAACUAAGUUUCAAGAUAACCAAUGUGUGAAGCACUGCUCUAAUCCUGAUCCUACCAAACAUUUGAAGUUUGAACAGCCUGCGUUGCAAACUCUCCAAAUGUUUGUUGGAGAACUUGCAGUGUAUUUGAUAUACCAUUUGGUGUACAAAUCCCUGUUCUCUAAUCGGAAUGGAUAUACGGCCGUUCUGGAAUCUGGGGAAGAAGUUCAAGAUAUUCAUCCUGGUAGAAACAUUGGAUUAUUUGCAAGUUUAAAAUUUGCACUUCCUUCAACAUGUGAUUUAUGUGCUACGACUUUAAUGAAUUUGGGGUUGAUUUAUACACCUGUUUCAGUUUAUCAAAUGACCAGAGGCUCAUUGGUUUUGUUUGUGGCCAUAAUGUCAGUUAUUUUCUUAAAAAGACACAUCACUAAACUUGAAUGGGUUUCAUUAGGUUUGGUAACUCUUGGUGUUGCUGUUGUGGGUUACAGUGGUUCUCAGCAUUCAGGAAAGAAGACAGAAUCUACUACUAUUGUUGUCGGUGAAGAUAGUGCGGCAUUAGUUGUUUUCGGGAUCUCUUUGAUUGUAAUUGCAGAAAUAUGCCAAGCAGUUCAAUUUGUUAGUGAAGAACAUAUUUUAAAAGAGUAUCCUUUAGUUCCCUUACAAUUGGUUUACUUUGAAGGGUUCUAUGGAGUUACCAUAUUAACUUUUGUGAUGAUUGUUUUGACUGUUAUUCUUGGAAUCACAUUACCAACUAAACAAUUUGAAAAGUCUCCCUUCAAUUUACCUGAAGCUUUAUCACAAAUGGGGUCUUCUCCAGCCGUUUUAUUUUCAUCAAUUCUUAUCAUGAUUUCAAUCGCUUCCUUCAAUUAUUGCGGUAUGACUCUUACGCAUCAAAUACUGGCUACAUCACGAUCCACGGUUGAUACUUGUAGAACACUAAUUGUUUGGGUUCUUGCAAUGUUUAUGGGAUGGGAAUCUUUCCAUUUCCUUCAGUUCAUUGGUUUUGCUAUACUUGUAUUUGGAACCCUUUGCUUCAAUGGGGUUUUGGAACCGGAAAAAUGGUCUUAUGUUCCUGGCGUACUUAAGGAAACACCUAACGAAAGACUCAUUGACACCAUAGAUGAACAAAUAGAUAGAAUGUAG